CCUCCACCUCCCCUCAUUCCUACUACUCCAUCAACACUUCCCACCCCAACCACCCCACCCCAACCCAAACCACCAAAUCCCACCAAAGAAAAAAAGAAUGACAACCUCAACAAAACGCCUCCUCCGCGAAGCCACCGAACUCUCCACCCACCCCUCACCCUACUUCCACGCCGCCCCGAUCUCCGACACCAACCUGCACGACUGGCACUUCACAAUCCAAGGCCCCCCGUCUCCCUCCCCCUACGCCAACGGUCUCUACCACGGCCGAAUCGUCCUUCCACCAACCUAUCCCCUCCGUCCACCUUCCUUCCGCUUCCUGACUCCCUCCGGCCGCUUCGAAGUCAACCGCGAAAUCUGUCUCAGUAUCUCGGGCCACCAUGAGGAAACAUGGCAGCCGGCUUGGGGGAUCCGGACGGCGUUGAUUGCCCUGAGGAGCUUUAUGGAUGGGGAUGCGAGGGGCCAGGUGGGCGGGUUGGAUGUCGGGGCGGAGGUGAGAAGGAGGUAUGCGGUUGAGAGUCGGGCGUGGAGGUGUGACGGGUGUGAGUUUGUGGGGGGGAGGGAGUUGGGCGGGGUUAUGGCGGAGUGGAGGGGGGUUUGUAGGGAGAGGGGGGUUGAGGUUGGGGUGGAGGAAGAGGAGGGGGUGGAGAAGGAG